GCAAAGAUAGAGCGCGGUGAUACUAAAGCUAAACAGCUGUUUGACCGCUUCAAGUAAAGCACAUCCCAAUGUCAUUGUUAUAGACGACUGGCCAAACAUUGAAAAGGUGUUGGACAGAAUGCUUUUAUACCAUCACACCCAGACAGCUGCGGCAAAAGACACAAUAGAUAACCAGCCCUUAUUUCAUGUACCAAAAAGUAUCGCCUUAGAUUCCGUAAAAGAUUGGAAUGAUAAACUAGAUAUUAAUUUCCCGGCCAUGUGUAAGCGUAGAACAGCUUGCUCAUCUACAGAAGCACACCAAAUGAUAUUGGUGCCAUCACCAAAAGGCAUGUCAAAAAUCGAAGCGUACGUUAAGAAUGAUUCGGUCAUGUUACAAGAAUUUAUUCAACAUGAUGGGGUCAUAGUAAAGGUGUAUGUGGCGGAUGGUCAAAUUAGUGCAUCUACAAGACCUUCGUUCAAAAAUCUUGAUCAUAGUGGAGAUGUAGUCCAUUUUGAUAGUCAGAUGUUACCUAAAAGUUUCGAGACGCAGGUUACCCUUUCAGAUGAUUUGGAUAAAAUUUUUUUAAGAUUGGAUCCAGAAGAUAUUCAUAUUCACAAGGAGGCUUUUUUGAACAACGAUAAAUUACAGCAAAUUGCAGACAGUUUGCAUCGUCAGCUGGGCCUGACAUUUUUUGGAUUUGAUGUUUUAUUACAAUCAAAAACAAACGCUUAUUACGUAGUGGAUGUCAAUUAUUUUCCUAGCUUUAAAAAUGUAGAUAACUUCCAUUCGAUGUUUGUCGAUAUCUUGGAAAAGAGGCUAGGAUAAAAGAACACACAUGCAGCAACAAAAAGAAAGAAUUAAACAAUUUAACUUUGUAUUUUUAUAAUCGAAGCACAUCUAUUUGACCCCUGUGAUUACAUUGAGGAAUUUCGUAAACAAGCGGAUGUAUAAAGUGUCGAGACAAACCUUUAGGUUUUAUGCGUUCCAAGAAAAUGAAUAAUGUGUAUAGCGGAUUAAGCACCACGUGGUAAGUUACAAUCCGUUCAGUAAAGUGAGAACGUUAUAGAUCAAUGUCCGUCCCCAUAUUGUCCGUGUGCUUGUAAAUCAGUAAAAAGUAAUAUUUUACAUAUCAUGCCAUAAAUCUGACAGACAAAUGUCGGCUGCUUUUAAAAGUGGUUAGGGAGACAAAGUAAUGCGAUAAAU